GCUGGGAUGAAUCCUUAUGCGGUAGGAUGUGCUGGUUUCCCAACGUUGCCAAAAUAGGAAAGGGCUGCAUUGUCUGACUUUUUGGCGCGGCGUAUCGUAGAAUUUUGAAUCGGCCGUCAACCAUGCUCGCGGCCCACAGGGGUUCAUUGGGGGGGGGGGGGGGCGGAGGGUGUGUCCGUUGACGCAAGUUGAUGGGCGCCGGGGCACAGGGCCACCACAGGCGACUUGGGUCACGUCGUGGCGUGUUUGUUGUCCUGGACCAAAUGGACGAAAGAAGACGGAAGAGAAAGACUCUGGAAGUGGAGGGACGGGGGCACAGAUGUCAGCCGUCACUGAUCAGACGAAGAAAGUGGCAUCCAUGUAUGUUUCAGGUUACUUUCCUCGUCUGGCGACCUGUGCCAUCCUUGUUCGCGUGGCCAGACCCGCCAUAUUCUCCUACCGAGGAGUCUCGGGGGAUGCUUGACUUAGAGUUGGCUCGCUCGGUCUCGACGAGAUUGUGCGCUGGAAUUCGCGGUGUCUUCGGGGUUGUGUACGGAGUCUGCGGACUAUUCGUACGGAUAGAGUAUUUGAAAGCAGACCUGAGACUGCGGCUGAUAUUGGGUUGCCCGCACCAAAACUCAACAAAUCAGUCUCGAGCCUCUUGGCACAAGAUAUCAUCUGCAAUCCGACCAGGGCUCUCUCUUUUGAGUUAGUUUGAAGCCAUGUCCGUUGUCAAGACGAAACCAAAGUGAAAACUUCAGUCACCCACCUUGUACUUCGUAUCUCUCGCUGCGUCAAUUCCGCGCAGCGAAUACAUCUUGUUGGCUUUGGCAUCUGUGGUUAU